GUGCACCGCGCAGGAACUCUGGCAACAGCUACAGCGGAGGAUUGGAGCAUAGGAAUACUGCCAGCGAAAUAACAACAGAGAAAGAUAGCUCUCGGAAUACAGUAUAGAAGAUGGCAGUGAAUGUGCACGCCACGUCUGUGUCCUGUGACACCCUGAGCAGACACGAUAUGCUGGCCUGGCUCAACGAUUCCCUACACCUCACCUACACCAAGAUAGAACAGCUCUGCUCGGGUGCAGCGUACUGUCAGUUCAUGGACAUGCUGUUCCCAGGCUGUGUCCUGCUAAAGAAGGUUAAGUUCCAGGCCAAGUUGGAACAUGAGUUCAUACACAACUUCAAAGUUCUCCAGGCUGCCUUCAAGAGGAUGGGAGUCGACAAAAUAAUUCCUGUCGAGAAGCUCGUAAAAGGAAAGUUCCAGGACAACUUUGAGUUCGUGCAGUGGUUCAAGAAGUUCUUCGACGCCAACUACGACGGGAAGGAGUACGACCCUCUACAAGCCAGACAGGGGCAAGACAUGGCUCCCGCCCCCAAUCCAGGCCCCCAGAGGAUGUCGCCCACAGUGCCCAAGAUAAUGCCCGCGCCCCAGAGGGUGCUGAACACCACCGUGCAUGUGAGGAAGACCCCGGCUCUGGCGCGGAAUGGGGGCAGUGACGCGGAACUCAUGGAGCUAAAUCAACAGUUGAUGGAGCUGAAGUUGACAGUGGACGGACUAGAGAAGGAGAGAGAUUUCUACUUCAGUAAGCUGAGAGACAUUGAGCUGAUCUGUCAGGAACACGAGACUGACACCAACCCUCACCUCUCCAGGAUCAUGGACAUUCUCUACGCCACAGAGGACGGCUUUGCUGCUCCAGACGAUGACGAGAUUGAUGAACAGGCCCACUUGGACCAGGAUGAAUACUGAGCCUCUUAUACCUUCUGUCCAUAUCCCCCCUCUCCCUCCUCUAAACCAUUAUGUCCAUCCAUAUUCACCCACUCUCUGCCUCUCUCCUUUGUCCCUCUCUCUGUUUCUCUCUCUUUGUCCCUUUUUUGCACACUAUAAAUACCUCUCUUAUUCCUGUUCUCUCGCUCUUUUCCUCUCUUCCUCUCUCUUCAUAUUUAUAUAUGUUUGUCUCCCUCUCUUCCCCCUGGCUAUCUAUUGUACAUACACCUCUACUUCUCAGUGUCCUAAGCUACUCCUCCCUCCCCCCUCCCCAAUGACACAGUAGAGGCAACAAUAACAGAACAUAUCCUAGUCGUUCCAGCAUGGCACAUAGUAUAACACAGAAAAAUGAACAAAACCAAUGUGAUAUUCAUGGGGAUGUUAGGCCUACACAAUUCAUUCAGAGUUGUAAAUAUGAUUUUUUUUUAAAGGAAUGGUUUUGAAAUAAGGUAGUUGUCAGAAUGCAUUUGUUAGUUUGUUUUUUGGUUUGACUCGUGCUUUUUCGAAACCUCAUUUUGGGUUUGUUCCAGAGUAUAAAAAGCACCUUGUGCAUGUUACUGUAUUACAGGUUACCCGUUAUCACAAGAGUCACACUUAGACUAACAAAAUGGUCUAUGACAACAAAUUAUAUUUCAUUUGUCAAUACUUUCUUAUUUAUUGAUUUGAUUUAACAAAUAGUAGAACAAUUGAUGCAAAAUGUAUGAAAAUUAAACAAUGCUGUAAUUUGUGCUGAUGGCAGUUUAAGAAGCUUUUUCUUUUAGUUGAUGGCAUGUAGUAACAUCAAGGGAAAACACGUAAAAAAGGAAAUUGGUAUAGAAAUGAUCAUUUAGGGCAUAGGAUAUGAUCAAUGCACUUUGACUACUCAUUCUUGAUUAGCUGUAUCUGAGCAUGAGAAUGUUAUAAAUUGACAGUGAAUGGGCAAUAUAUUUGUUAGCUAUUUUAUGUGCAGAUUUUGUCUUCCGUCAGAAGUGUCUGGUUAAAUGCCAUGGUAUUUAUUAUGUAUAAUGAGUUUGAAUUUAAUUUGGUAUUAACAAUACCUGAGGUACUAUGUAGGCUGACAUUAUGGCAGUAAAAUAUAUUUUUUAAUUUAAAUGUAAAAAUGUGUUAUUUGAAGCUGGAAUCCGUAAUGGUGAAACUGACACGUCUGUUUACGAUAUAUACAAAAAUGCCAAAAAGAAGUUACUUCAAACAACGAAUUUUUUUUCACGAUGCUGGAAGCUCCUCCCUUUCAUAAUUAAAACAAUAACAAACAUGCUGGGGCGAACAGUGGUGCCGUUUUCCCAUAUGCGGAUUUCAGCUUUAAAGGAGCAUGAAAAAAACGAUUUACUUUGAUUUGAUCAUAUCACGUUUCUGUUGCUAAUUUUGCUAUGUUUGUACUUUUGGUUUACUAUAAUAUAUUGCGCAGCUGUAGUCUUAGGAAUUGCAGGUUGAGUUUAGGCAACAGUGAAGUCAGUUACGUCCCAAAUACGUCCCAAAUGGCACCCUAUUUCGUAUAUCGUGCACUACUGGUCAAAAGUACUGCACUAUAUAGGGAAUAGGGUGCCAUUUGGGACAUACUGAGUUAGUUAGGGCAUGACCAGUUCAAAAUGAUGCUGGUCGUCAUGAGCAUCAUAAGGAAUAUAAGUCAUUUCCCCUGUACUACUGCCUUUACAAUGCAAACAGCCAUCUGCAAUAGAAUUUGACCUGCAUUCUCUCUCGUGCGUUGACUGUAUACCAUUGUUUGCAUAACUCUCAUCUCUUUGAGUUUUAUUAAGUAAAUAAACUAUUGUG